AUGCUCACGAUCUUGUUCACCACCUGCUCGUUGUUGGAAACGUGGGUCUUGGCCCCGUCGGUGUUGGUAGCCACGGCCAUCGACGCGUCGAUGCUCUCGAUGCUGAUGUUCAUGUUGAUCAGCCGCUGUUUGAGGUUGCUGAGCCGCGCCCACAGCUCGUUCGACCGGUUCAGCCCGAUCGGGUCGUCCACCGAGUUCACCAGCUCUUUGAACUGCGAAAUAAGCUUCUCCUCGUCGUUCGUUAGCUGUUUCUGUGCUUGCACAACCAUUGGAUGCACGCUCUGCUGCUGCGACUGCUGGUUCGACCACGAAAAAGAUGGCUGUGUGUUCAAUGAAGCGGUCGGCUGUGGUGCUGGCUGCUGCUGUUGUUGCUGUUGUUGCUGGUUGCCAAACAAACUGCCUCCGCUGGACGCAGUGGUGUUGGUAGCCGCAUUGUUUCCUCCAAAGGAGAACCCUGACGACCGUGGGGCAGAACUGUUGCCGCCAAAGAGACUGGACCCCGCUGCUGGGGCCUGUGUGGCCGAAUUGGUCGUGUUCGCCGUGUUGUUGCCAAAGAGUCCCCCGCCAGAGUUGUUGUUUCCAAAAAGUCCUUGUCCUGAGCUAGCCGUGUUAUUAUUUCCAAAAAGACCGCCACCCGUGGCCCCGGUGGACCCGUUAGCCGCCGUCGUCGUGGCCGUGUUGUUGUUUCCGAACGAAAACCCGCCCCCGGUCGUGGAUGUCGUGCCAGUGGCUCCUUGUGCUGUGUUUGUUCCUCCAAGAGAAAACGAGUUGCUGGGCUUGUUUCCAAACGAAAACCCGCCACUGGUGUUCCCGCCGGCGGGGGCAGUCGUGUUGGCGGUGUUGCCAAACGAAAACCCGCCGCUCGGCGCCGAAGCCUGCGUCCCAAAACUGAACCCAGACAUGAUGGUGUUUACAAUAUUUGGAAAUUUCUUUCAGGUGCGAGGUGUAAUUAAAUCAAGAGCCAGCAGCGGGAAAGCAGUGCUAGCAGCACGCCAGCAGUGCACCGGCUCCGGAAUCGUGUCUACCUUUCUCAACCAACAUAUACUGAAAAAUGCAAUCUUCAUAGCUACAGAUAUCAACCCGCACUGCUGUCGCGCAGCCAUACUUACAAACUCGCUCAACGCGUCCACUGGAAACUUCGACUCGGUCCAGACAGACCUCGUGGCCGGUUUGAGACCACAGACCAUAGACAUGCUCGUGUUCAAUCCACCCUACGUGCCGUCUCCACAGGUCCCCGGUGUCCCUGGCUCGCUGCAGGACGACUCGUGGCUAGACCUGGCGCUCGACGGCGGCGAAGACGGCAUGCAAAUCACCAACAAAGUGCUCGACGCUCUUGAUAGCUGUCUGGCUUCCAACGGUAAAGCGUACAUUCUGUUUUGUGCUCGAAAUAAACCAGAAACCGUCGUCGCCCGCUUCACAGACAACCAUCCUAUGUUUUCCGUUGAAAAACUCAUCGAACGCAAAGCAGGAUGGGAGGUCCUCAGCAUAUACCUGUUCCAAAAGAACUCAGCCAAAUAG